AUGGACAAGGUAUUAUUGACUCUGGCAUCUCCUCUUUUUGGGAAGAAAAAUAACAUUUUAAAAAAGAAUGACGACGAUUGGUUCUUUAACAAAGCGGAAAGAGUAUUCUUCAGAGAAAGCACAGUCCUUAUACCGCAUUCGAGGACAGAGCAACCGCACGAUGAAACCACUUAUCCAGAUACACCACCGGACGAUUUUACGGAGGAACCUGAAUCCACUACGGAAGAUGGACCAGAUUUUACUAUAGAACCGGAUCAUUAUGAUACACAGUCACCCACAGAACCAGACGAUGAUAGCACCGAGUCACCUACAGAACCGAAUGAUGAUACAGAAUCGCCUAUUGAUCCAGAUUAUGAUAAUACUGAGUCACCUCUAGAACCCGAUGAUGCAACGAGAGUACCAGACAAUGGUCCCUCUACAGAACCUGAUUAUAAUUCAGAACUGCCACCUGAUGAUGGUAAUACUGAGGCACCGGUUCCAGAUUAUAAUGACAUUACUGAACCAGAAUAUUAUACUGUAGAAUCAAGAACAGAGUACCCUGGACAAUUGACUGAAGAACCUGAUACAGCAACAGAGGAACCUACAACACCGGAUAAUGAUGAAGAUAUUGAAGUUCCUAAUGCAUAUUAUGAGAAACGCAAAAACCAGGCCUUAAGCUGUAAAGGCAAUGAACAUGCAACAUUGAAGCUGGAUGAACUUGGCAAUCCAGACUGCCAAUUAUGUACAUGCAACGGUGCAGGAAUCUUAUUCUGUUCUCGCAUACCUUGCUCAGACGAUGGUGUGGAGACUGGACAGCAUCAUGAACAAUUGUUGCAAGAAACCGAUAAAACUUUGAGUCUGAUUCUGCGCGAAUACGCGACCGACUGCAAACCAGGAACAAAAGUGCAAACCAAGCAUUGUACUUGCUCCUGCGUCCUUCGAAGCGUCAUGUCGUGCCCUAAAGACUGUUUCUCACACACAGAGGACGCCACUAUACACAUAGAAGAAAGCUAUGAGAAAGUGGAACAGGAAGAUUAUGAAUAUAAUUCUAACAGUUCGAACCAUAGUUCAUCAGAUAUAAUUACGAAUACAUAGUAGUUCGAAUCCUAAUUCAUCGGAUAUCUGAGCACAAUUUGAGGUAUUAAAUUUGUUUGUGUACCUAA